AUGGCCGUAGAUGCGUCCUGUGUAUCUCAAGUUUUACAAGUGAUAUUUCACACACUGGAGUUCAGGGAGUUUAUGUAUCUUUCACGUUGGCGCGGGGAAACUUCAACGCUGAGCGUAUUGGCGACAACUCUUCUCCGUACACGAGACCUCGCCUUUAAAGUGGGGCCUCACCUCUGCUACGAGGAAACAGCUCUGAAAUUGUGUCUGGACGAUUUACUGGACUUGGUUUAUGAUGUGGAUGAGAUGGUGGACGGAGUUGCAACUUAUAUGUUAGGGCGUGAGCUGAUUGCCCAACAUUGUUUUAGCAUUAACAAGGUGCGUAACCUUAUCCCUGCUUGUUUUACUUAUUCCACUCCAAAUAUCAGUGUGGCUUCCAUGAUUAAAGAUAUUAAAGAUAUCGAUCGCCUUGUCGAAAAAAUCAUUUCCAUUUAUAAAUUUCCUGGAGAGGCAUCAAUACCACAGCGCUCACCUUUAGUUACACGUUCUGGCGUUCACGGGCGAGAUGAGGAUAAAGAAAAGAUACUUAAAAUGGUGUUAAGUGACGAAUCAAGUUAUAUAAGGAUUGGUGGAAUGGGAGGAAUUGGCAAAACAAGGCUAGUUCAGGAGGUCUACAACGACAAGGCUUUGGAAGGUUUCAAUAUUAGAGCAUGGGUAGAUGUCUCUUAUGGUCCCGAUAUUCAACAUAUUUGCAAGCAACUUCUCCAGCAGAUCAUUUUAUCAUCUGACGGGUUUCAUGAAUUAGAAGAAAUACUAAUUGCGCUUGGAAACGCUGUAAUGGGAAAAAAAUUCUUGUUUGUCUUGGAUGAUGUUCGGAUUAAGGGACAUUCCGAUUGGGAACUUCUCAGGACAACUUUCGAGGCUGGAGCUGCAGGAAGUAAAAUAAUUGUUACUACUUGUAUAGUUGAUGUUCUAGGAACAAUUCUGCCAAGUAAAUGUUAUAACUUGAAUCUCCUAACAAAAGAUGCCUGCUGGGCUAUAUUUGAGGAGCAUGCAUUUGAGAUUGGAGGCAUUAAUCCUCAACGAACUUCACCACUAAUUAGAGAGAAAGUUGUUGAAAAGAUUCAAGGCUUGCCUCUGGCUGCAAGUACUCUUGGUAGCAUGUUACGCUCUAAGCACCAGAAUGAGUGGGAAAGCAUAUUGAAUGACAAAACAUUCGAUUUUUUAUUUGAAUCUGAAAUAAUCCGUGUGUUAGAAACAACUUACUUUGAUCUUCAUUCUGAUCUAAAAGCAUGUUUUGCUUAUUGUGCAAUUUUGCCAAAGGAUUAUGAAUUUGAGGAGAAGGAGCUUGUACUUUUAUGGGCUGCAGAUGGUCUUAUCCUUUUACCAUCUACAAGGCAAAUUACAUUGAAAAAUUGGGGUGCUGAAUUUUUUUCGGCUUUACUGCAAAGGUCAAUUUUUCAACCAUCAAGCAGUAAUGCUUCUAAAUUUAGAAUGCAUGGCUUUUUCAACAGUCUGGCCCGGAGGAUUUUGGGGAAAAGAAGUUUUAAAUUGGGAGAGGAUUCUAUAAUCUUCAAAAAAUUUUGA